AUGGAGGACGAGGGCCAGGCCCGCGGCACGCCCCUGCUGGAGCACAGCGGCUUCGAGUACCGCAAGCGGCCCUACCGCGACAUCUUCUUCACGAUCCUGUACUCGGCGUACAUGAUAGUCAUGGGCGGGAUUGCGAUCUACGCCGUGGUGGAGAGGAAUCCCGACGCCGAGCAGCUGUGGAAGCGUGACUACGUCACGAACGACACGUUCUGUCCCUACGGGUCCUCCAACAACACCUUCAUCGACCUUCAGGUCGAGCCCACGGGCUACUACAAAGAGGCGUCCUUCACCUACGCCGAUUUCUUGCGCGACUCGUACUACUGGAUCAUCGGAUCCGCCGUGGGAUCGGUGCUUGUGGGCAUCGCGUAUUUGCACGCGGUCUCCAACUGGGCCGUGUUCAUGGUCUACGCCACUGUGAGCAUCGGCCUGUUGGUCCCAGCGGCGGGCGGGAUCGUCAUGAUCGUACUGUACAGCGAGCCCAUCAGCGGAGGCAUCCUUCUAGGCCUGGCGUUCAUCUUCUUCGUGUGCAUGUGCCUGGUGAGGAAGUUCCUUGACCAGGUGGGCAAGAUGCUCGACGUGGCCGCGGACGGCGUCAAGUACAACUGGGAGCUCUUUUUCUUCGUCAUCAUUAUCAAGGUUUGCCUGCUUGUGUACCUGGCCAUCCUGGGCAUCCUUGGCAUUGCUGUCAUGGCCGACGGGUACUUCGUCCCCAACGAUGAGCGUGGUGGCCGCCCCAUGUUUGAUGGCGAGUGCCUGGAUCUCGAAGGGGACAGUGUCCCAUGCUGCGAGUGGAAGACCAAUGGCUGGGUCAAGACCUAUUGGGUGUUUCUGGUCCUCCUCAUGUUGUGGUCUGUCUUCCUGAUCUUUGAGAUCAAAGUGUACGUCAUCGCAAGUGUCAUCUCAGAGUGGUACUUCAAGGACCCAGAGGGCGAGGGAAGCUCAAGGCUGGCGCUGUCCAAUGCCUUUGGCCCCAGUUUUGGAAGUCUGUGCUUCGCAAGUUUGCUGCUGACCGUUGUGUCAGUGGUGAAGUGGUGCCUGGAGAAACUCAAGCAGAAGGCCCCUCAGAACUGCUGCAUGAGGUGGUUGUCCUGGUGCAUCGACGGUAUACUGGCCCUGCUCCUGCCCAUAACUGAGUUUUCGACUGUGAGGAUGGCGAUAACGGGAGAAGGCUUCAUCGGUGCCGGCAUGGAGAUCACGGAGAUGCUAUCGCGCAACUUCCUGCCAACAAUUGCGAUCUGGUACCUUCCUCCUGUGGUCCUGGUCUUUAGCGCCCUGCUGACCUCCUUGGCUGUGGGUGGUGUGCUGGCAACCAUAGCCUACAAGGUCUUUGAGCACACCAACAAUCCCCAUGCAAAGGACUAUGCAGGCCUGCUGUUCGCCAUCACGUUCCUCAUCAUCUUCAUGGUCCUCAUAUUCUUCAUCGCCCUCAUCCUCAACGCCAUGAACACCAUCUACAUCUGCUUUGCCAUUGAUCGAGACAACAAGCGUGAGACCAAGGGCAAUGUGCACGAGAUGAUGAGGUGUGUGCCAGACAUAAAGAAGAUGGACGACGACAACAGGGUUGAGCCCUGA